AUGUUACAGUCCGGUUCAAGAGAUCAAACAGAGAAAGAACAGUUCCGAAAUAGUUUCAACUCUUUGAGUCAGAAGAACCUGGAGCUGGAGAGUAGAAAGAAACUGGAGUUAGAUACCAUUGUCAAUGAUCUUACUACUAAGACAGGCCAGCUGGAGACCAGAGUCAAUGAUCUCAUUGCUAAGAAAGGCCAAUUGGAGACCAGAAUCAAAGAUCUCGGUGCUGAGAAAAGCCAGUUACAGAGCAACCUCAACUCUUCAAAUCAGAAGAAACGGGAGCUGGAGACCAGAGUCAAUGAUCUCAUUGCUAAGAAAGGCCAAUUGGAGACCAGAAUCAAAGAUCUCGGUGCUGAGAAAAGCCAGUUACAGAGCAACCUCAACUCUUCAAAUCAGAAGAAACUGGAGCUGGAGACCAGAGUCAUUGAUCUCACUGCUAUGACAGGCCAGUUGGAGACCAGAAUCAAAGAUCUCUGUGCUGAGAAUAACCAGUUACAGAGCAACUUCAACUCUUCGAGUCAGAAUAAACUGGAGCUGGAGACCAGAGUCAAUGAUCUUACUACUAAGGCAGGCCAGUUGGAGACCAGAGUCAAUGAUUUCACUGCUGGGAAAGGCCAAUUGGAGACCAGAAUCAAAGAUCUAACUGCUGAGAAAGGCCAGUUGGAGACCAUAAUCAAUGAUCUAACUGCUGAGAAAAGCCAGUUACAGAGCAACCUCAACUCUUCAAAUCAGAAGAAACUGGAGUUAGAUACCAGAGUCAAUGAUCUUACUACUAAGACAGGCCAGUUGGAUUCCAGAGUCAAUGAUCUCACUGCUGAGAAAAGCCAGUUACAGAGCAACCUCAACUCUUCAAAUCAGAAGAAACUGGAGCUGGAGACCAGAGUCAAUGAUCUCACUGCGGAAAAAAGCCAGUUACAGAGCAACCUCAACUCUUCAAAUCAGAAGAAACUGGAGUUAGAUACCAUUGUCAAUGAUCUUACUACUAAGUCAGGCCAGUUGGAGUCCAGAGUCAAUGAUCUCACUGCUGAGAAAAGCCAGUUACAGAGUAACCUCAACUCUUCAAAUCAGAAGAAACUGGAGCUGAAGACCAGAGUCAAUGAUCUCACUGCUGAAAAAAGCCAGUUACAGAGCAACCUCAACUCUUCAAAUCAGAAGAAACUGGAGUUAGAUACCAUUGUCAAUGAUCUUACUACUAAGACAGGCCAGCUGGAGACCAGAGUCAAUGAUCACAUUGCUAAGAAAGGCCAAUUGGAGACCAGAAUCAAAGAUCUCGGUGCUGAGAAAAGCCAGUUACAGAGCAACCUCAACUCUUCAAAUCAGAAGAAACGGGAGCUGGAGACCAGAGUCAAUGAUCUUAUUACUACGACAGGCCAAUUGGAGACCAGAGUCAAUGAUCUCACUGCUGAGAAAAGACAGCUACAAAGCAACUUCAACUCUUUAAGUCAGAAGAAACUGGAGUUAGAGACUGAGUGAACAAAGUUAUCUGAACAAGCAACUGGCUGUCUUUUCAUGUCCACUGAGUUGAGCUGGUCUGACAGCAGACAGUACUGCAGGAAUCGUGGAGCUGAUCUGGUCAUUAUCAACACUGAAGAGAAGCAGAGAUUCAUAUCUUCAUCUAUCAAGGACAGGGUGUGGAUAGGUUUGUCUGACAGAGAGCAGGAGGGCAACAUGAAAUGGGUGGAUAAUUCACCACUGAAAAAAGGGUUUUGGGUUGACGGUGAGCCAAAUGAUGAUGCUGGAAUUGAGGAUUGCACUGAACUGAGGCCUGCACAAUCUGUCUUGAGCAACUGGAAUGAUCUGCCAUGCUCACUGAAUAGAAAAGGGGUCUGUGAAAGUUCCACCCCUAAAUUUUGUGAUAUUUCAUAAUGUAUUCACUUUUAUGUUAUAUUUUAUGAAAUCAAUUGCUAUUGUAAUUGCAUCAUUUCUGAUUGAGGUCUGUGCCAUCCCACUGCCAGCUGAUUGCAUUGAAUAAAUCUCCAUCAUGAUAUCCGUUU